CGCGUCGGUGUUGCCUCACUUUUGAUAUCUAGGCAAUACCACCCAGACACCAGUAGCACCCACAGCAAAGGAACCUGAAUUAUUCGGUACCCAUAAGCCUGAAACGCACUUUGAUUAUACCUGAGGCGAUUUCUUGACGACACCGGGCCAUACCAAUCAUUCGUUUCUACGAGUUUUUGUUUCGACACCACUGGCCGAGACAACGUCGUCACUUCAUCACCUUCCUCCGACAAGACUUUUAAUCACUCUUGGAACCAAUUCGGAGCAGGGAGGCACCUCACUUUCGAAACCCUUUGGGAGGAGGCCGACGGCCUGGCCGAAUAAAUCGCAAAGAUGGAUCUCGACAUAUCCGACAUUCUAGCCGACGUGUCGAGACCGUCUGGUGGAAUUUCGGGGUCGACAAAUUCAAUCUCGCACAGCGCCACCGACACGGAUACUUUUGUCGACCAUCAGUUGCUGGUGAGGGCUUGGACCUCUGAGAGGUGCGCUCCGGAUUUGUUACCUUACCCGGAAGACCUGAUGGGUCGGGUGAUGAGUCGGGUACAGAACCAAAUCAUCCGUAUCGAAGACAUGGCAUCAGGGAUGGGAGACGGCGGUUUUUCUUCCGCGGCGAACUUUGGCGACCAGAAAGGAAGCACCCAAAACUCAAACCUCAUCUUGAGCAUUUUACAAACCGACCUCGGACGCACACAAUUCUUGGUUCGAAGUCUUUUGAGAAUCCGACUGAGCAAAUUGACAAAACAUGCGAUGCACUACCUGAGACUCACCGAGGACCGGAAAAGUUUGUAUCUGAGUUCUGCGGAAACACAAUUUGUCAGGAAUCAUCAAGCGUUACUGGCCGAAUUUUACGACUCGAGUUUUCUGUCGGCUUUCCCGACCAGCUUGAAACGACUGGACGACGUUAGCGGUGGAGCCAACAUGGUUGAAGGUCCAGACUUGGGGAGUGCGGUGGUGGUUAGGUGUCUCGUCGAAUUCUGGAGGAAUGAUGAUGAUAUUGAGAACGGAGACGACAGUAAUGCAACGACGACGACGACGACCGCCGCAAGUGUAGAAUUGAGUAUGAGAAGAGGUGAAAUUUGGAUCGUUAGAUGGAGGGAUGUCAAGGCAGGUGUCGAAAGGGGUGAAAUUGAAUUGUUGUAAUAAAGAAUUACCUAGAUUUUUUUUUCGAGAUCCAGCACCCAAAAACCUUGACCAUCUCACUCAAGGUAUGUUGUAUCUGUAUGCAUUGAAAGGAAGAAGAAGGUGAUGACGCAAUGUAUAACCAACAAAUCAAUAUACCCG